GUUCAACAUCUUUUUUUGUGGACGUGGUGCAUCUCAUCAUCAUCUGCUAGACCUUCCCCCCCCCCCCUCCUGCUGAAACAAACACACAAAAAAGGAACCGCCACAUUGGAUUAUUACACAACUAUGCGCGCACUAGUGACUGUGAGAUCGGAUCCUUCCGGCUAUUUGAAGGCCGUGUGUCUGUGAUUUUCUUCUGGGAAAAUUAAAGUGAAGAAAAAAACAAACAAACAAAGGAAAACAAUAAUCCUUACGACGUUGAAAAGCAAAAAAAAAAACACACACAAGGAGAAAUGUCGAACCCUGUGACAUUGUUGGACAGGCGGCAAACAAAUGCCGACGAUGAGCAGCGUGAGAAAAGGUCAUCACCUCGUUUCUCGCGACGGAUUAGCGUCAAAAGUUUACGCGUUUUUUGGGUGCCCCUGAUUGCCUGUUUCAUCCUUCCCUUAUUUAUGUGCCCCUCGCAAGCUGCAGCCGAUGGAUGUGACUGGACUGGCAGCGGUUUGGAGAGUCCAUCGAGCGAAGAUCAGACACAACAACAGCCUCAAUCACAUCGUGGAGUCAAACCAGUGUACCUGCGAUGCAGCCAAGGCUCCGUCUCCUGGCUCUAUCCCCGCGGUGCCUUGCGGGUGGUGCUCCGCUACGGAACAGCUGGCAAGGAAUUCCAGGCGUGUCUGAAAUUAUCCGCAGACUUUGCCGGCGCCAACAUUUACGUCGAACAGCACCGGACGCUGAAACUGCUGCACAGCGGAUCGUCGUCGGCCAUGCUGCGGCCGGAUGGCAAACGCCACUGUUUCGACAGUCACUCGGGUCAGGUGGCCCUGUUUCUCGAAUCCGAGUCACCAGUCGGUGGGUCUGAUCCUCUGCGACGGGAAACGGCCGCGUUCGAUUACGAUCUCCAACUGGUCGAAGAGGAAAACGACCAGUCACACGAUCCUUGGCAAGAAUGUCGACCUUGCAGCAUCAAAGAGUCGUUGGAAAUGUUUUGCAGCAGCGAUUUUGUUGCUAGAGGCUUCAUCUCGUCCGUUUACAACGACGCCCAAUUAGAGAGGACGCUGCUCAAGGUGCGGGCUACGCGGGUCAUCCGGCAGGCCUCGUCCGUCUUUCAACCCGUUAAUCGUAAAUCUGCGUCAUUGCCAAAGCGGAGAAGGCGGAGUCCGUUGACGCCUAAACGCCUCAUUCCAAUUCCAUCCAAAUGGAAGGGAAUGGACGGCGUCGAAGAGGAUUUAACGGACGGUGACAUCGACAACAGUUUGCUGGACGAUGAGCACACCGGAACGCUGCACGUGCCGUUGACGUGUCAGGUGAAACACGGCAGCGGUGAGUUCAUUUUUAUGGGCCGCAAACGAUUGGGUGACGCGGUUCUUUGGUGCGCCCCACGACUGGAAGAAUGGCAACAGUGGGUCCAUCAGGCUCAGACGGACGGAUCUGCCCAGUGCCGCUUGGAGGCGUGAAAAUGGUUAUCUCAUUUCCCCCCUUUUUCCGCUGUGACAUUUGAUUUCACCCGUCUGACGUGAUGUGCCAUUUCUUCAUUUGAAUUUUAUCAUCGUGUGCCUUUUAUUUGUCGAACCGUCGCCUGCCAAUCAAACCGCUUUGAUUGGCAGGUCGGCGUGCAGACCCCCCUCGAUUCUACGUCAAUUUUAUCAUAUGUAAAUGAAGAAAACAGAUUAUGUGUACAUUUUUUAUAAAACAGAGCGUCUCAGUUUUUUUGUUUUCAAAUAUCGAGUCUGCGAAAGGCGGACGCCAAUUCGGAAUUAAAAAAAAAAAGAGGAAAUUUUGUAACACGGAACAACAAAAAAUUUACUGAUUAUGUGCCUUUCUCUGAUUGUGUGUAUGAUGAAGCCUUGACGCACACCUGUCGAUAUCAAUUUGUACAGACCGUUUUGCGCGUUGACCUUAACGUUUGUGCCUGUGCUGUGUGUUUUCCAUGCAAGCACAGUUUUACCUUUUUUUUUUUUUCGUCUGUGUUUUUGGCAGUCAACUGUGAUACGAGUUACUACGUGCAUCAAAGAAAUACAUGAAAACAAAAUUUUGUAUGAAACUA